GAAAGAAAAGAGGCCAAAUAUACAGUGCAUUAGUUUCUGUUCCGUAACUCAGAACACCCAACUCAGCGGUAACCUAGAGAGUGAGUUCUCAGAUUUUUCCGGUGGAGAUGGGAUCCUUAACGAAAAGACCGUCCUUUUCUCUUUGAGAUCUGUUUCCGUGAACUCAAAAUCUAACUUGUCCUUUUGACACCUUCAUCACCUUCCCCAAACAUUUUAAAGUUUAGAGCAGGCAACCUCAAAAGUUCAUUAGUAUAGAAAUAGUUCUUGCCAGAUUGCUAAAGACCGGCUGAUGAGACUGAAGGUGACAUCUUCAAGAGCUUUGAAGGCCUCACGGCUUGUCCAGUUGACAUCAUUAAUGUACUUGAAAGAAACAAACCAGAGGCCAUCAAACGUGAAAAGGAGCUUUACAGUUGUAAUGUGAAGAAAAACAAAAAUGGUGGCCGUUUGUCUCAUAUCUCGAUGGGAAGGAAGAACAAUAAGAUGAAUUGUGCUGAAAAGGUUGGAAGUGGAUCACAAGCUGCAACCAUAUGGAAUGAUCUAAGUGUAGCUAUAUUCUGUGACCUGUGUAUUAAGGAGGUGGAGGCAGGACAUCCUCCUGACACUCACUUUAGCAAAGUUGGAUGGAAAAAUUUGGUUGCACACUUAAGUAAAGAGACAGGAAACAACUAUGAUAAACCACAACUGAAAAAUAAGUGGGAUUCACUUAAAGCUGAAUGGAAAAUGUGGACAGAACUAAUUGGAAAGGAAACUGGUUUAGGAUGGAACCCCACGAAGAAUACCAUUGAUGCAUCUGAUGAAUGGUGGCAUAGUAGAGUUCAGGUAGAUUCUAAUUUUGCAAAAUUUCGAAACAAAGGCAUUAAACCUGAGAUGGAGGAGAAGCUAGAUAGGAUGUUCCUGAAGACCAGAACCACCAGGGAACAUGCUAAGGCAUCCUCGUUUGGUGUUCCAUCUGAAAGUGAGGAAGCAUCCAAAGAUGAUGCCAUUAAACUCAAAGGUAGUGGUGAUUCUGAACAGUUCAUCCCAAUUCUGACCACUCAAGCUACAAAGAGGUCAUCAGGGAGGGGGAAAAGGAGAACAGUUCAAGAACCUGAUACUCAAGUUAGGAAAGAAAAGAAAGGCAAAAGAGUUGCUAUAGGUGGGCAGAAGGCUGGAGGCACUGUGAAAUUGUCAGAAAAGAUUGAUCACCUUCUUGAGUCAGUUGACAGUAGUAGUUCUGUAACUUUUAAAUUGGAGGAAGGUGUACAUGGCAGUAGCAUUCCUGAAGUGAUGCAAGCAGUUCAAUCUUUACCUGGAGCAGAGCCAGGGAGCAAAUUGUGGUUCUUUGCAACUCGGUUAUUUUUAUCUGAAGACAAGAGAGAGAUGUUCACUUACAUGAAAGAUCCUGACAUCAAGCUUCAAUGGCUUAAUUAUGAAUUCGCUGAAAAAUAACUGGGAUGCACUUAUAUUAUGAACAUUGUUGUAUUAUGUUGUUGAUAUUAUGGUUUAAACUAGUGACUGUUGUUUUGAUACCAUAUGUAUUUGUUUUGCUGUUGGUGUUAAUUCGUAUAAUUCAUGUUCGGAUGAC